UCGUAUAUGUGUGUUCAUUUUAUAAGUUCUGUUCCCUGACUAAUACAGAUUUUGGUGCUGGGGAAAUGGUGUAUUACUGUGACAGGCCUGAUCAUGCUGUUUAUUGGAGAAAUAUGGAAGACUCCAAAGUCUUUAGGCUAGAAAAGCAGUUGGACACGUUAAGCAGGACUUAUUCCUAAUAGGAGCAUGGAAGACAGUGCUACUGAGGGCACUUCGGACUCAGUGGUACCCAGUUUAAGAAGUUUCAGAAUAUUAGAAUAUCCUGAAUAUUCUACAUGAAGAAUAUUAGAACAUGGCCUAGAGACCAUUCUUAGUAUAUUUUGGCAAAGAAUGUUUCUGCUUUCUGCACUUGUCAAAAAAAUGUGCCUGAGGCUAAUGUGCCUGAAGAGUUUUGGCAGAGGAGAUUUCAAGACAGUCUAGUAGUAUUCACCGUCAUGUAAUUAGAGUCUGUAGAUCUAUAAUGAAAAGGGAGCAGGCUGGACAAAGAGACACAGAGUGCUCAGUUUGAGAAGAAAAGGAACACUGGGAAGUAUAAUGGAACUAAGUUUAGUGCUCAAGGAGAUAAAAAGUUAAAGAAAAUCCUGAUGCUAAAUGGAAUAAAGGGAGUGCUGACCUCUGGACAAGACCUCACCCAGCUAAGCUUCCAGCUUCUGAAAAGGAAUUAAAGAAAAGCAUAAGCAGUGGAGGAAACCAUCAACAAUAGAAGGCUGAUACAAAUGUAAUUGAAGGAGUGGGCCAUAUACCAGCCCUAGCAAGCAGAAGAACUUGGCAGCUUCUGCCACAUGGUUCUGACUUUAGAGUCAGAGAGACAAGAAAGGGAUUCUCUCUGUGUGGCUAAGGAAAGCUGCUAAGGCUAGGGGUGUCCCUGCAUGGAGGCCCAGAGAGCCAUUAUGUGAAGCUAUAAAGAUGAAGCCUGGAUUAUGUUAAAGACCCCAAUAUGAUGUGGAUCAAAUGACAAAUUUGUGGGAUAUCUGCCAAGGAAAGCUGCAAAUCAAGUGUGGAACCAGCCCAAGAGAGAGAAGUAUAUUGCAGUCAACAUAGCUGAGUUUAGAGUUUGCCCUGCUGGGUUUUGAUGUCUUCGGUGCCUAAUAAUCAAUAUUUCCAGAUAUUUAUCAGAUAUUAAAUAUUUGCCUCCCAACAUCAAAGAUAGACUGAUUAAAAUAAUGAGCAUGCGGGGUCGGAUAACAGAUUCCAAUAUAAGUGAGGUGUUACAUCCUGAAGUCCAAAGACUAGAUCUGAGGAGCUGUGAUAUCUCAGACUUGGCUCUCCAACACCUGUGUAAAUGCAGAAAACUGAAGGCACUAAAUCUAAAAUCCUCCAGAGAACAUAGAAAUAGCAUAACUUCAGAAGGAAUAAAAGCUCUGGCUUCCUCCUGUUCAGACCUUCAUGAAAUUUCCUUGAAAGGAUGUUGCAGCAUCACGGAUGAAGGAGUCCUUGCUCUUGCACUCAAUUGCCAGCUGCUAAAGAUCAUUGAUUUGGGUGGCUGCCUAAGUAUCACUGAUGUGUCCUUACAUGCAUUAGGAAAAAACUGCCCAUCUUUGCAGUGUGUUGACUUUUCAACUACUCAGGUAUCUGACAGUGGUGUGGCUGCACUUGUUAGUGGACCAUGUGCCAAACAAUUAGAGGAAAUUAACAUGGGAUACUGUAUAAAUCUAACUGAUAAGGCUGUGGAAGCUGUCCUGACUGCCUGUCCUCAAAUAUGUAUACUUCUUUUCCAUGGCUGCCCUCUGAUAACAGAUCAUUCAAGAGAAGUCUUGGAGCAAUUAGUAGGAUCAAGAAAACUCAAGCAAGUGACGUGGUCUGUCUAUUGAUCUUCACUGAGGCUGAGCUCAGGAGCCUUCCCAAGACAUACUCUAUAAAUAUUUGCUUUUCCCUUAAUUUAACACUAAGUUAUUUUAUUGUCUUAGGUAAGCUGUAACUCUCAGAGAAUCAGUUCAAUCUUAUGUAAAUGUUUGUGCUUUUAAGUAACCAGACACAGCAUUUUAACACUUCUAUUAUCUCAUAUUUGUUUGAUGAGCCAUCUUUUCUUUUUAACAGUGAUCCUGGUAUGAACUCUAUUUGAUGGAGAAAAGGCUGGGUUUGUUUCUUUGAUAACAAAAGUUUCAAAUGAUUUACUUUUCAUUUAUAGCCCGUUCUCUGGUAUAGGUAUUUGAGUUAUUGUAAGAGACAUUAUGAGUGGAAUUCUAAAUAAAGAUGCUUUUAAAAGCAUAAA